AUGUGGGCGAGAGAGCAUUGGCUGCACGUGUACUUCCCUACCCAAGACGUGUCUCUGACAUCAAGGUGCAAGGUUGAUCGAGCCCAUUAUGCACCUUCAAGGCCUUACUCGGACUCCCCGCAACCUAUUGGGCAUGGUGCGACAAUCUCCGCUCCACACAUGCACGGUCAUGCAUGCGAGUACCUCAUCGAUUUCCUCAGGCCGGGUUCGCGAGUACUCGAUAUUGGCUCGGGUUCUGGAUAUCUGACCCAUGUCCUCGCAAACCUUGUUACAGAUCCCUCCAUACCUGAUGACUUAAAUGGCCACGUUAUUGGAGUUGACCAUAUACCAGAACUUGUUGACUUGGCCGAUAAGAAUAUGCACAAGUCGGACCAAGGACGCAAAUUGCUAGAUACAGGAAAGGUGAAGUUUAUUACCGCUGACGGCCGGUUGGGAUGGCAAGAGGGAGCACCGUAUGAUGCUAUCCACGUUGGUGCAGCGGCGGAAAAGCUCCACCCGGCACUAAUCGCGCAACUGCAUGCCCCAGGCCGAAUGUUUAUCCCCGUUGACACAGUGUGUGAUGGGAGUGCUCGUGGAUUUGGCGGCGGCCAAUAUAUUUGGGUAGUGGACAAGAGGGUGGACGGGUCAGUCCACAAGGAAAAAGUGUUCCAGGUUAGCUAUGUUCCGCUGACCGACCCGCCAAAGAAGUAA